AAAUUCACUCCAGCCACUCACAACUCAUCCAUUUGCUCUCUGCCUGAGAGAGUGAGAGCAGUGCACGUGCAGCAAAGCGGCCACAGCAACAUUAGCUUCGCUGCACCCUUGUUUUUGUGGGUGUAUGAAACACAGUGUGUAGGAGGAAGAAGGUAGGUGGGGGCGCAGGUUUAUAAGUGGGCUAGAAGUCCGAUACUGCCUCAAACUGUUGAUUGUAAAGUCAGUCAGCCAACAUGACUGUUGAAGGUAAGCUCGCCUCUGUGACUGCACUUCCUCUGCCAAACAGUCGCUUUCACUUCUGCACAACACUUUGUGUUAGCUUUAAAUCCUUCCAUGUGCGCUCAGGGCCUCUGUGCUCUUUCACUCUGUGUAAUCUGUGUUUUCAACUUGUCCUCCGGAAGUCUUUGUUGGAGAACUACACACCCACCCAGCCAGCCCUCACUCUCCUCUCUGCCUCACCACUUUCAUAGUACAUCUUUUUUUUUCUCUCAUUUGCAUUUCUUCCGCUUCCUCAACAAGAAACCGUUCACGUGAAAGAGCUGUGAGAGACAAUCAGACUGGAACACACGGCAUUGGAUGACAGGAGAGAUUGACAGCAGCAGGAACCCUGAGGAUGGGGCUGCUCCCUGCAGAAGACCAAGGUGGACGACUGUUGCUGAUUGAAGUGCAAAGUACAAAAGGUGGCUUUACCCUUUGAUUAGAUUACUGCACAAAUAUGACAGUCUGUCAGGAGACAAAGCUGCCACAUGCUACUGUGAACAUCAAGGGAAUGCCAUUUAAUUGGUGCAGACUGGAGACAGAACAACCGCUAAUGUCAGCAGACACAUUUCAUUUGGGUAUAUAAAAGCCUCUGAUCUGACUCCCUCAUCCCUCUCUUGAUGUAAUUAGAGACCUGGCACUGGUGCAUCACGACAGCAGCAGGGUUACCAUGGAGACUGGCAGGCCAGGAUUGGCGAGUGUUCCAGUGCACAUCAGCUCCGUCGCAGCGCAGACAGAGAAAAAGAUGGAGGUCCAGGCCCCACUGACGGCUCUUUACAUCCACACAGCACAGCCUGCAGCUGCCCAGGAGCCAGCCACACUCCAUCUGGCCAUGCCGCCACUUUACUCCAAGGAGACGCUUCCCUUUCUGACACUUCAUAUUGCUGGGGGACUGCAGUCUCAGCUGGGAUUAAGUCUGCCAGCUGCUGCUGCACCCAGACCCAAGUCGGCAGGAAAGCACAUGUGUCCUCACUGUGGACGGGACUGUAUGAAGCCCAGUGUGCUGGAGAAGCAUCUCCGCUGCCACACUGGGGAGCGGCCUUACCCCUGCACCACUUGUGGAGUUUCCUUCAAGACUCAGAGCAACCUCUACAAACAUAAGCGUACUCAGGCUCAUGCCCGGCUCUCAUCUGAAUCAGAGCAGAGCAGCGUAGACAACAUGUCCAGCUCCAGUUUGUCUCUAGAUGAGCGCGGCGAGAAGUCCGGCAGCAUGGAAAAGGAUGCCACACUACCUGCUGCUGAGAUCACCUGUCCAGCCAGUGCUGCAAACGUCUACUCUGUAAAGACGCAACGUUCUGUCAGUGAACAGAAUGUGAUGACCCCUGCAGGUCAGAUAACAGAAGCAAAUGAAAGAGAAGGAGAAAAACAGAGGAUGGGAAAUGAAAACCCUCCGCUGACUGCCAGUCGACAUCUUCCCCUUCAAAGACAAGAAGCCACUCUGUUCUCCAAGCAGUGGGAGAGCUCCGAAUCCAGAAGAAAAUCCCAGAGCCACGAGAGCACAGACUCAGGCUUCAGUGAGAGCAGUGAGCACUAUCCGAGCCCUGGCAGCGUUUUACCUGACCACAGUAUGGAUUCCCUCACCGAGUCCACUAAGGAGCAUCUUGAAGAAACCCCCAGCACAGAAACGCCUUUGGCCCCAGGCCAGGAUGGACAGGAGCCCAAAUACACUGCAAGGGAGCAAGAGCAGAAGACACUGGAGGAGCGCAUAUCUAAGCUGAUUUCAGAAAAUACAGCUGUUGUGGAGGACAAACAGCUGGAGAAUGUAAGGCCACGGAAGACAGUUCUGUCAAAGCAGGGUAGCAUUGACCUCCCCAUGCCGUACACGUACAAGGACUCCUUCCACUUUGAUAUGAGGAUCAGUAAGACUCCCAAUGUUGGGUUACAAAGAAACAGGAAGCAUGAGUUCUACAGUUCUGUGCCCACUCAGCACUCCAACACCAUGGAGCAUGCUCCCCUGACCCGCAGCAACUCCCUGCCUUUCAGCGUCACCCUCCUGCAGCCUGAGAGGAGCAGCCCAACCACCUCCUGUCACAGGGAUUAUGUAACACUUAUGCGGAGGGGAAGCUCCGGCCACAUCAAUCCAACAGGUUUCUCAAUCAAGCCUGUAAACCAGCAUUCAUCCACCCAUCGCCCACUGGUCCGGCAGACGGCCGUAGACGGCAACCACGCAACAGACGGUCUCUUCGUGAAUUCAUCUGUGGAGGAGGCGUGCACCAGCAGUCUCAGCUGCGAUGGGGAUGGUGGUGACAUUUGCAGAGAGCCAAGCAACAGAAAGUUCCGGAGGAAGAAAGCACAGAAGUUUGCUUACAACAAGUGGUACAUGUACGGGGGAGGGACAUUUAAGAAGCUGUACAGUGCUGAGAAAGGUGGCGAUGACAGUGUUAUCAAAGGCAGGAAAUGUUCGACAAACCCAGAGCAUGAGGUUGUUCAGGGCCUGCAAAAAGUUAAUAAGGAGACAGUAACAACAACAGGAUCAACAAUCACCUUCAACAGCAGCAGUGCAGCUCUGUGUCAUCCAGGCUGCCCUCCUGCCAAACUAUCUGUCGUCUCUGCUGGGGAUUUGAAUCUAAUAACCAGCAAGCUUCAGACAUCAUGCAGCUCUCUCAAGUCUCCACUCCAGAGAAACCUGUCUUUGUCAAUACUGCCAUUAUCUUCAAUUGGAUCAUCGGUUAGCCACCAAACAGACAGCAUGAGCAGAGCAGAACCUGGGAGAAUGAUUGAUGAAGAAAAACAUACUGACUCCACCUUGCAGCUCCGUGGAGCCCAUAUUCCCUCCGACAGGAAAAAACUGAAAACUGAUGACAAAAUAAUUUGCCCUCUGGAGAUUAAAACCAACCCAAACACACCAACUCAUCCCCUUCCCUCUGUCACUGGCAGUGCACCUCAGCAGGACACAAAUCUUAGUUAUAUCAACCUUCAAAAACAUACUCAGUUAAAAGCAGCUCUCUUCCCAACAUGCAUAAUCAAUGCAAAUACACCAUCUGUUAGCAUCUCGCCAGCCACUUCCACACCCUCCCCUGCCAAGGCCAGCUUCCUACCCAAGUACCAGCUCAGGUUACCUAAUGCUGCUGAACCUGAUUCAAAUCCUUCACCACGUGUUUUGGAUAAACCGACGGGAACUUUCACCUCUGCUCUGUCAUCUUCUCACACUGAGCAAACCUCACUCUCGUUCAAAACGUCUGAUCCUGUCACCUCACCGUUGAUGCAGACUUGUGAUAUCAAAAAGACAAAUGCUUUUAGCUCCACACAAGACCAGCUCCUCUUGCCUUGCACAGCCACAACCGUGUGUCAGGCUAAAACAUCAAGACUAAGUCCAAAUGCUGUAGAGCACAGGCAAUUUGCAGCAAACACAAUAACCACAUCCUGCCUACAAAAUGAUCAGGCAGGAUUAUGCAGCACUUUAAUACACACCUUGAAAUCUGCACGGAGCUCAGCGCCUAUGCAGUUACCCAGACCUGAUGCACCCUCGAACAUCCCUGCAACACCUACCAUAACCACAGCAAACAGUAAGUCAUCUGCUGCUGACAUUACAGCUUUCUCACAAGGUCUAACUAACCCUUACCCCCCUCUGUCACACACAAAAUCGCCAGCAUCAGACCAGUUGAGCCCUAUAAACAGUGCAUACGGCAACUCAAACACUCCGGUCGUUCCUUGUCACAUUGUACCGUAUAACCACAUGCAGCCGGAUGCUCAGAACGUGUUUCAUGUUCACACAGCAGACCUCCAGAUCUGCCUCCAAAUCAUAUCUGAUGAGCAGCUGGCUCUCAUGGAACCCCAAAUCGAGAGGCAAGCAGGUAGCGCCCUCUCACAGAGACGGGAUGUGAAAGCAGUGGCCCCGGAAGUGAUCCAGAAUAAAGCUCAAAGCUCUGUCACCAUGGAAAGUAGCAACGAUGGAAGGGACCAUCACCAGCAAGGACAUCAACAGCAGGGGGACCAAAGUGAGUCUUUACCCACACGUGACAUGGAGAGAAAAAAAACUCCACUGUCUGCACAAACUGGGAAGGCAGAGCCAAAUCUCCCCCUGACUAAAGACAGUAUUUCCACUCAGGCUACAGUAUCAGCUCGAUCUACACCUCCUGAAGCACUAGGCUCGUCGCUACACCCACACCAAUGCGCUCAUGUAAACACGUUCACUGUGACUCAGAGCUCUAUGGGCGAUAUUAUGUCAACUGCUACUUCACUCAAAGGUGUAAAGUCAGGAAGGAGCCACACUUCAGGCCUUUCUCUUAACCGUUGUGCUGAGGAGCAGCUUUUGCGGGACAGAAGGGUCAGCCAAGGUGGAUUGAUCUCUCAAACACUCUCUGGCCAACACAAGCUCAGCGGAACCUCUCUAUCUCACUUUAAAAAUCAAGCAGCUUCAUGUAAGGUAGGCACAAUUAAAGCCACGGGCGAAGCCUCUGCAUACGGAAGCAGCAGGUUAGAAAGUGGAGAAACCCACCCCCGUCUGCAGGUCAGCCUCAGUCAGGCCUCCGGUGCUGCAGGUGCUGAUGAACUCUCUGGUUCAGUUUCUUCAAUUUCCGUCAAUAAAUGCAAAGCUUCAAGACAGUUGAACUCACAUGCAACCAUCUACGGCAGUAAUUCAGUGGAAUCGACAUUAUCAGAGGCAUUAAUUUCAAUGAAACAUGCAAACAUGGGAUGUGACAGGGUGGGACCUUCAGAGGAUUCCCAGAAAAUGACUCUAAGUGAAUUACAGGAUGUAAACAGUUCAACCCACUCAGAAAAACAACUCACUCACUUUAUUUCAGUGUCUUCUAAUAUCAGGUUAGAAGGACCCAAAGACAUCCCAGCUGUGCUUACAAGUAUUCAGAGCGCUCCUGCAGUGCUUAUAGAAGGACCCCCCCUGGCCCAGACACUGGGACAUGGAGAGGCCCCUGGGCAUCCAGACUGCACAGACUGCAGGCCCAAGAAGAGCCAAGAGGCUGGAAAGACAAAUGUCCAAUGCAUGGAGGGGCGAGGUGGUGGAGUGGUGGCAGGAGAGGAUAAGAACAGGGAGGUCGAGACUGACAAGGUGCCGGGACAGCGGGACAAGGCCGAGUCAAACUGCACAUACACGUGUUUAGCUGAGAUGACAAAGCCAGAGGGAGAAGACAGAAGGGUAAAGGUGGAUUCAUUUAAAGACUAUUGGCUAUCUGAGCAGCAUCUUCAUAAUCUUUCCCAGACACACUCAGGAAUGUCUGAGAGACAGAGCCCUCAUCAAGCUCCAAGCAAGUCUAACAACCUGAAUCAUUGUGUCAGCAGCAGUCAGAAGAGCCUUUUCAAUUCUCCACAGGCUCCACUGGACAUGAACAACUUCUAUUUCUCACAACAACACUGGGAAAGCAGCAUCCUCCAUAACCAACAAACACAGAUCUUAUGUGAAUCGGAUUCAAGUCAAGGUAUCAGAGCACAGGCCCCAUUAACAGAAACACAACGUGCUCUUUCACAGGUUGAGUCCAGCCCUCAGCAAACACCAACAUGUUCCCACCAGGACCAGCAGCAGAGCAGCAUCUCAGCUAACAACAUCCCAGCAGUGAGCUCAAGUGUCUCGCCUGAUGUCAACACAUCACCCUCCACCUACCCCAGCCAACUUUUUUAUUCUGUUCGAGUCAGUAGAGCUGCUGCUGGAUUGACAGGGGAAAUGUCAUCAGAGCCCUUCACAUCCCCGGAACCUGAUGACUAUCAAGACACCAAGGAUACAGCAGCAACUGACUGCACGAGUCAGAGCAGUGACAUUACCAACAAAUGCCACGCUUUUUACUUGUCUGGCCAGCUUCGUGACUACGAGCCAGAGUGUCUGCCCAGUGGAGUACGGCCUGUGCAAAGCUGCCUGGAAUACACAGAAGACACCAGCAGUAGUGAUGAUGAAGGAAAGCUUAUCAUCGAACUUUAGGGCAACAUGCACAUAUUUAUCUGCUGCAGAGACAUGUUUUUCAGAGUGGAAGCAGAAAUAAUAUCGAUGGCCGAGUUAAGUUAGUGGGCAGAGCCAAAAGAACCACAUGUGUAAACUCAAAAUAACUGCCAUUGACUAUAGAAUAAUAUAUUAAACGGUCAAUGGGCAACUUGCAAGAAUAGUAGGUUGAAUAAUGCUGCGUUCAUGUCCUAUCACACAAAUGAGUUCCAAGAUAGUAGUGUGAUGGUAUCUCCCACAUGAUGUCACUGAACCAAUCACAAAACAGCUGCAAAGCCACCAUCGCAGGCACUUAUAAAAUCCAAAUAUUAAGACUAAUGCAGAUGAUUAAUUAAGUGGAGCAAUACACUGUUUAUAUCUGGUUUCAUUUGUAAACAAUGAAGUCCAAAUAUGUAACAUGAUUAAAAAAAAUUGCUAAUUUAGCCUUACUUUCCAUUUACCUGGUGUGACUACAAAGCUAAUGGGGCUAACCAUCUGGGAUCGAUGCACGAUCGCUACAGAGUGUCAAUAACUGGAGGUUUUCCCGUCACUCAGCCGACAUGGCUUGAAUGCAGCAUUACACAUGUAGGGGCUUGCCUGCAGCCUGCAAUACCCAUGCCAAGCACCCAGGCUUACUGAAUAUAUGAAUGAAUAUAAAAGAAAGAAUGGCAUUGACCAUGUUUUCAUUUAGCCAGCUGGCUUGGUUCUUUAGCUAUUAAGUGUCGAUGUCACAAACAUUUCUGUUACCUCGUUAUAAAAAUGAAUAGUCACCAUUUAGGAAUCACUUACAAGCCCUGAAGACAGCAUGGCUGUUGUUUCUGUUAGCAGAGUGUGCAUGCUUCACAUUACUCGCUCCCCCCUGCUUCCCCUCAUGUCUGUUUUGCUUCAUGAGUAUGCUGACAAAAAGAUUGUGGCUGCUUCUGCUACUACUCUAACCAAUGAGAUGACUUCUGCACCUAUGAACUGUUGUACUACUUCUCACACAUAAUUUGUGCCGCCUACCUUCCCUCACUCACUCUCUCUCUCUCUCUCUCUCAUUAAGUGCACUCUGUAACUUUCCCAGACAACACCUGUGUGUGUGACUCAUGUGCACAUGCUGCCAAAAAGCUGUUAGUAGAUCUCUGCUGCCAAUCAGAUCAUGCCAGGUGAAGCGGCCAUUGGCUGGAGGGGCAUGAUCCUUUUCCCAGUCUGGGUUUUGUAUUGAGUCAGCAGCUAUGAUUAGGCACCGGCACUCACGACAACAGGAAAUGGGUGUAUGUGAACAUUUCUGUACAUAAUUCCACAGCUAUAACUCACGCUGACUUACUUGUCAAUCCUCAUCCCGGUAUUGGUCAUAAAACAUUUUGGACUUGACAGGUUUAUGUGUGCGCUGAUUUAUUAUUGUGUGAAAAAUGUGAAUAUUUGUUUAGUUUUCAUUUUCUAAUUUUAUAUUCUUGUGUAAGUAAGCAAAACUGAUAAAAACAAAUACAUCCAUCUUCCAUUUAUUGCAUUUAUCGUUUUGUGUUUAUAACCAUUUUAACAACAGGAGAGGUCAAUUAAAGCAUUUCUUCUGGUCUGAU